AUGCGGGUAUCAAAUCCCGCCGCUGAGAUGUCCAGCGGAUUCCUGGGCCUUGACGAAUGGCCGGCCACCUUUUACGUUAGAAGAGCAAAAGGCCCAGGGCAUAGCAGGAUGAACCAAUCUCCGGCGGAAAGGGAAGGCCUGCCAGGCCGUAUGCCCAUGGGUGCAGGAUUCUUCGAAAAGGCGCGGGCUGACUCGGAGACCUGGGACCUUGGCUUAGCAACGAAUGAAGGGAAGCUCGAAGAGCUUUCUCCGCCAGCGGCUUAUGUAGUGUCGGCCCGUAAUGCCUCCCUUCAUUUGCUUGCCUCCUUCCAGCUCAGAAUGCCUAAUGCCUAUUAUCUAGUGCUAGAAGCUAACCGCCAGAAGCUCACCCUUCGGGUGUCGCUUCCAGCGCAGGAGGCCAAGCAUUCUGCUAGACGUCCCGGCCUGGGAGCCCCGGCUUCUCAGAAAAGUAAGGAAGGACGCAUUCGAAAGGCCGAUCACUAUAUCAUAGGCAUUCUGGUGGUAAGACCGACGACUACACUAAGGAACAAAGAAAGGGGGCUUCAAGUUCUUAGGAAGAGCCGUACGAGGCAGCUCACGUACGGUUCGGGAGCCGAGCCCCAGCACAGGGGCUUAGGUCAACACUUAUAUAAUAGCCAGUCAUCAAUUGGAAGCGGGCAAGAUGGUGAUGAAUUGCGAUUGGUCUAA